AUGAUUACAUCUACAAGAAGAUCUUUUGUCCUCUCAAAAGGAUCCACUGUUAUUCUCUCCAAAUCCAAUUCGAAACCUUUCGUAAACAGUUUCCUCAUGGAACCGCUCAUUGUCUGCUCUCGAACUUUCUACCAAAACAUUGUCAAGCAAAAUCACGAACAAACUCAAGAGAAAUCCUUCCAACAAACUCCUCUAACCAUCAACCCAACCUCUUCCUCAACCGAAACUAAGGAGAAUCCACCAAUCAAAAAGACUCUCCUCGAAAAAAUCAAAGAAUUCAUCAAGAAUUACGGAGCUACAGGUUUAAUCUUUUACUUUUCUCAAUACUUUGCAACAUUGGGUUGUUUGUACUUGUUAUUCCAGAAUGGAUUAUUGCCAACAAGAGCAGUGAUGGAAUAUUUAAUUCAGUUGAAUCUCAUUGAUGCCACAAAAAUCGAUCAAUCGGAAAAGUAUGCUAAUUUUGCAGUGGCUUACAUUGUGAAUCGUCUGUUGGAACCUUUUAGAUUAAUUGCCACUUACAAGUAUGCUCCAAAAAUUCAAAAAUUGAUUAGACAUUUAAGGAAAUAG